AUGAAUGCGGUGCUCAAAGGCUUCUUCGUCUACGGAUACAACUACAGAAACACCUGUACACUCAGUGAUCUGAAAGAAUUGAUAUAUCUGCAAAAACUUUUCAUUUGCACUGACUCACAAGAUUUCCCUCUGGAGAUGCAUGUCGCGGAUCUGGAGAAGAUGAGGGCUCUCACCAAGCUAAUAAUUGCUUGGCGAGUGAGUGGUGGUCUACGAGAAAUGGGGAAGGUAGACAAAUGGCCAAAUUUCCUCCGCAGCUCAGAAAGCUGGAUCUCAGGGGCUUCCCGAAGCAUAGAUGAUGAGAACGAUGAGAAGAAAUGGACGUACGUGGAGAUGGUGCGUCUCAAGUAUUUAGGCAAAAUGGAGAUGGAAUGGAGGCAGCUUCAAGGAUUGUUUCCAAGAUUUAAAUAUUUGGAGAAGGUUAGCUGCCCAUACCUCACUUUGUUCCCUUGUGAUGCAAAGGGAGUGUGGAUCAACCCACAGUAG